UCUCCUUUCCUCUCUGUAAAAAAUCAAUAAAAUAUAUUUAAAAAUAAAAGAAUCUGUAAUAAGUGAUACUAGUACAUGUUUAAAAUCCAAAUAUUAGAAAAUGGUGAGAUGUAACUCUCCCUUCUGUUACCGGAGAGGGGGCCUGGUCCUGAGCGUGUCUGCCAAGGCCAGCCAGUAGUGUGUAUUCUUGACUUUGCGUAGGAAAGAUUUCAUAGGACGAGUCCCGGGGACAGUGAAACAAGGAAGGGCUUAGCAUAGAAGAAGUAGCAGGAGAGUCUAGCUUGGGCCGCCUUAGCUCACUGGGAAGUCAGAGAAAAGGGGUCUUGGAGACAGGUUCAGGGGGUUAGCCCGGGCAAGCUGAGCUGUUGCUGCCCAUUGCUCCCUUGGUUGCAAAACUUGUGGGGUCCCUUAGAGUUUAGGAGAUGCACACCUGCGGGGGAAGCACAGGGGGAAGGGAAUAGCACAGGCAAACUGAUUACCUUCAUCGCCUUAGCUAACAGCUCCAUCACAUCACAUAAUUGCCAUUUCUUUUUUUGUGAUGAGGACAUUUAAGAUCUCAGCAACUUUCAAGUAUAUAAUACAGUCUUAUUAACUAAUCACCAUGAUAUAUAUUAGAUCUCCAGAACUUAAUCAUAACUGGAAGUUUUUACCCUUUGACCGAUAUUUCUCAAUUUUUCCCACUCCUCAGCCCCUGGAAACCACCAUUCCAUUCUCUCUUUCUAUGAGUUCGACAUUUUUAGAUUUUAUAUAGAAGUGAUAUACAGUAUUUAUCCUUCUCUGUCCACAUUGUCUUAAUUUGCUUUGUAGUAAGUUUUGAAAUCAGGAAGUGUGAGUCCUACUUUAUUCUUUCUCAAGAUUAUUCCGGCUCUUCCAGAUCCCUUGUAUUUUCAUAUGAAUUUUAGGAUCAUCUUGUUAAUUUCUGGGGGCAAGUGGGAGUAUAUGUGAUUUUGACAGGGAUUACAUGGUAUCUGUAGAUCAAUUUGGGGAGUAGUGUCAUCUUAACAAUAUUAAGUCUUCUGGUCCAUGAACCUGGGAUGUUUUUCCAUUUUUUUUAGGUCUUUAAUUUCCUUCAAUGGUGUUUUGUAGUUUUUAGUGUACAAGUCUCGCACUGCUUUUGUUGCUCAUUUUGUUUUCAUCUUUGGACUUUGUUUAUAGUAAUUUUUGACAUGCAGAAAAUUUUCAUUUUUAUGUAAUCAAAUAUCAGUUUUAGUUUUAAAAUGGAUAAAAUAUUUGGGGUUUUCUUAAAUAAAGUAUUUGAAUAGAUUUCCCCCCAAUGAGAUAGACACAUGGUUAAAUGAGCAUGUGAAACAUUAGUGAGAUGCCACUUCAACAUACUAUAAUCAAAUGGCUAUGAGAAGACAGUAACAUGUAUUGAUUGGCCAGGAAGUGGAGAAACAGGAACUCUAAUAUGUUGCCUGUGUAAAUGUAAAAUGAUACAGCCAGUUUGGCAGUUUCUUACAACAUUAAACAGAAACUUAUCAUAUGAUCCAGCAAUUCCACUUCUAGGUAUCUACCCAAGAGAAAUGAAGUCAUUUGUCUUCACAAAGACUUGCAUGUUUAUUUUCUCAGCAGCAGUGUUCAUAAUUGUAAAAAAUUGGAAACAAUCCAAAUAUCUGUCAGCUGGUGAAUGGAUAAACAAAAUGAUAUAUCUAUACCAUGGACUACUAUUCAGCAAUAUAAAGGAAUGAAGUAUGGAUGCAUGCUACAAUGUGGUGGAAUCUUGAAAACAUUAUAUUUAGUGAAAGAAGCCAGACUUUAAAAAGCCACAUAUUCUAUGAUUCCUUCUAAAUGAAAUGUUUAAAAAAGACUGCCAAGAUCUCCACAUAAGGCAGAGGGAAUCUUUGUGAAACACCGGGCUGGAGGAUGCCGAAUGUCUGCAUUGUUAUACUCUGGAGUUCAAACUUCAGAAGACUUUGGGUUAAGCAGUAACAUUUACUCUGUAAAUGAUUAUGUCUUCGCUUGUCCUCUAUGACUAUCACAAACUAAUGAAACACCUUUUUAGGUCUUUUGAAUUUAGGUCACACUGUUUUCCGGAUGCUCUGGCAGCUGAAACAGGGGCCUAUGAAAAAUGGAACCAAACUCUCUGAGGACUAAAGUCCCAUCUUUCUUAUCUGAUUUGGGGAAGGCCACAUUGAGGGGAAUAAGAAAGUGUCCCCGAUGCGGCACAUACAAUGGAACCCGGGGACUGAGCUGUAAAAACAAGACAUGUGGAACCAUAUUCCGCUAUGGUGCACGGAAGCAGCCGAGUGUUGAAGCUGUCAAAAUCAUAACAGGCUCUGACCUGCAGGUCUACUCAGUGCGGCAAAGAGACCGGGGCCCCGACUACAGAUGCUUUGUAGAGCUAGGUGUUUCAGAGACGACAAUCCAAACGGUAGAUGGGACGAUCAUCACUCAGCUGAGCUCUGGACGAUGUUAUGUCCCCUCCUGCCUGAAAGCCGCCACCCAGGGUGUUGUGGAAAACCAGUGCCAGCACAUCAAGUUGGCAAUAAACUGUCAGGCAGAGGCCACCCCUCUGACUCUAAAGAGCUCCGUCCUGAAUGCAAUGCAGGCCUCCUCAGAAACCAAGCAAACCAUCUGGCAGUUGGCCACAGAGCCCACGGGUCCGCUCGUACAGAGAAUUACUAAAAACAUUUUGGUGGUGAAAUGCAAGGCGAGCCAGAAGCAUAGUUUGGGGUACUUGCAUACGUCCUUUGUGCAGAAAAUCAGUGCCAAAAGCUUGCCUGAACGCCGUUUCUUCUGUUCCUGCCAGACUCUGAAGUCGCACAAGUCGAAUGCCUCCAAGGAUGAGGCAGCACAGAGAUGCAUUCAUUUCUUUGCUUGCAUCUGUGCCUUUGCCAGUGAUGAGACAUUGGCUCAGGAAUUCUCAGACUUCCUAAAUUUUGAUUCCAGCGGUCUUAAAGAGAUUAUUGUGCCCCAGUUGGACUGCCAUUCAGAAUCCACAGUAUCAGCUUGUGAGUCUACUCCAUCGAAGGCAAAGAAGAGGAAAAAGGAUGAAGUAUCUGGUGCACAGACGAACAGUUCACUGUUGCCUCAGGAUGCACUGAGCAGUAAUCUAAGGAAAAGUGGCCUGAAAAAGCCUGUGGUUGCUUCUUCAUUAAAAAGGCAGGCCUGCAGUCAGCUGUUAGAUGAGGCACAAGUGACCUUAUCCUUCCAAGACUGGCUGGCCAGUGUCACAGAACGCAUCCAUCAAACCAUGCACUAUCAAUUUGAUGGCAAACCAGAGCCACUGGUGUUCCACAUUCCUCAGUCUUUUUUUGAUGCCCUACAACAGAGAAUAUCUAUUGGAAGUACAAAAAAACGGCUUCCCAACUCCACCACAGCUUUUGUUCGAAAAGAUGCCCUGCCACUGGGAACCUUUUCCAAGUAUACCUGGCAUAUCACUAAUAUCCUGCAAGUUAAACAAAUCUUAGAUACCCCUGAGAUGCCCUUGGAAAUUACCCGAAGUUUUAUCCAGAACCGGGAUGGGACGUAUGAGCUGUUUAAAUGCCCUAAAGUGGAAGUAGAGAGCAUAGCAGAAACCUACGGUCGUAUAGAAAAACAACCAGUGCUACGACCCUUGGAACUAAAAACUUUUCUCAAAGUUGGCAACACUUCCCCAGAUCAAAAGGAGCCAACCCCUUUCAUCAUUGAGUGGAUCCCAGAUAUCCUUCCCCAGUCCAAGAUUGGCGAGCUGCGGAUCAAGUUUGAGUAUGGUCACCACCGAAAUGGGCAUGUGGCAGAGUACCAAGACCAACGUCCCCCCCUGGACCAGCCCUUGGAACUGGCCCCUCUGACCACCAUCACUUUCCCUUGAGGCAAAACAAUGGAGUCUUUUGCUGCUGAAUUUGCACGUCCCCAUGCCUUGACAAGUUUAAAUACCAGUUAGGUCCUUCGUGAACUGCUUUUAACUAAGAUGGAAUUUCUUAAUACAUCCAAGUGGAUUCUAUUGAAGAAAAACUCUGUAAAUGGCCUUUUUGGUGCUGCUGUGUAUAGUCCUCAUUAUAGAUGGGGUGGUAUUUCUGGCUAGUGUGUUUAAAGGAACAAAAAGAAAACUAGCUCAUUUUCCUUCUUAAAGGAUUCACCUUUAUAGUUUGUCUCAACCUUUGAAGUAGUUAGCAACACUCCACCUUACACUAACAAUGUUGAAACGUUAAUAACAUCCUGGUUCGGAAGAAUGUUAGGGACCAUUCUGGCAGAGCUCCCGCCAUGCCCUUUUAUUCUGUUACCAAAUAAAGCACAGUGUCAUUAGUUUUUCUAAA